UUCCCCUGGCGGCGGCGCUUCCCCCCGGCGCCAGCCCGCGCAUCGCCCCCGCGCGGCGGGCGGCGCGCGCUGCAGCCCGCUCGGCUCCUGCCGCUCGGGCCGGGAUAUCUAUGGGGCGAACGGCGAUGCCAUGAACCCGGGCGGGCGCCGGAGCGGGGCGAGCGCCGCGCACACGCACCGCGGCGGCGGCUCCAGGGGGGCUCGGCCGCAGUAGGGGCGGCUUCCCCCCGGGGCGCCAUCCGCCGGCUCCCCUCCCCCUCGGGCCUCCUGAGGAGGAUGGCGACAGCGGCCGCCCCGACCCAGCUCGAAGCCGAGCUCUACUACCUGAUCGCCAGGUUCCUGCAGUCCGGACCGUGCAAGAAAUCCGCCCAGGUGCUGGUGGAGGAGCUGGAGGAGCACCAGCUGAUCCCCCGGCGCCUGGACUGGCAGGGCAAGGAGCACCGCAGGAGCUUCGAGGACCUGGUGGCUGUCAAUGCACACAUUCCUCCGGAUUAUCUUCUUAGGAUCUGUGAGAGACUCGGACCCCUUUUAGACAAGGAAAUCCCGCAGAGUGUUCUAGGUGUGCAGACAUUGCUGGGGGUCGGGCGGCAGUCUCUACUAAGGGCAGCAAAAGACUUCAGACAUACACUAUGGAAAGGAUCUGCCUUUGCAGCUCUUCACAGAGGCCGACCUCCCGAACUACCUGCAAAUUAUGGGAAACCACCAAACGUGGUAAAUAUCAUUUCUGCCAGGCAAUUAACUGGAUGUGGACGUUUCAGCCAUUUGUUCCCAACAUCCACCUAUCAACACAUGAAGAUGCACAAGCGGAUUUUGGGGCAUCUGUCAUCUGUCUACUGCAUAGCCUUUGAUCGCAGUGGAAGAAGAAUUUUUACAGGGUCAGAUGAUUGUUUGGUCAAAAUCUGGGCUACAGAUGAUGGGCGCCUGCUCUCCACGUUGCGAGGACACUCAGCCGAAAUUUCUGACAUGGCUGUUAACUACGAGAACACGCUGCUUGCUGCGGGCAGUUGUGAUAAAGUCGUCAGAGUCUGGUGUCUUCGAACCUGUGCCCCGCUCGCAGUGCUGCAGGGCCACUCGGCUUCCAUUACUUCCAUACAGUUCUCUCCAGCAAGAAAAGGAACAACACGAUACCUCACUUCUACUGGUGCUGACGGAACAAUCUGUUUCUGGCAGUGGCAUGCUAACACCGUGAAAUUUAAGGAUCGCCCUGUAAAAUUUGCAGAGAGGUCCAGGCCUGGUGUUCAGAUAUCUUGUUCAUCCUUCAGUUCUGGUGGCAUGUUCAUUGCAACAGGUAGUACUGACCAUGUGAUAAGAAUAUAUUAUUUGGGCUCGGAAUCUCCAGAGAAAAUUGCUGAGUUAGAAUCUCACACGGACAAAGUAGUUGCAGUCCAGUUCUGUAACAAUGGGGACAGGUUAAGAUUUGUGAGUGGAAGCAGAGAUGGAACAGCAAGAAUAUGGCAGUACGGACAGCAGGAAUGGAAGAGCGUAGUCCUGGAUAUGGCUACUAAAGUGACAGGAAACAGCGUAGCAUCUGGGGAGGACAAGGUUACUAAACUGAAGGUUACUAUGGUGGCUUGGGAUAGACACGAUGCCACCGUCAUCACCGCGGUCAACAAUUUCCUUCUGAAAGUGUGGAACUCGUCCACAGGGCAGCUUCUUCAUAGCUUAUCUGGUCAUGAUGAUGAAGUUUUUGUUCUGGAAGCCCACCCGUUUGACCAAAGGAUCAUACUUUCAGCAGGUCACGAUGGAAAUAUUUUUAUCUGGGAUAUAGACAAAGGAACAAAAAUUCGCAAUUACUUUAACAUGAUUGAGGGCCAAGGCCAUGGAGCUGUUUUUGAUUGCAAGUUCUCACCAGAUGGACAGCAUUUUGCCUGCACAGACUCUCAUGGACAUCUGCUACUAUUUGGUUUCGGAUGCAAUAAGUAUUAUGAAAAGAUUCCAGAUCAGAUGUUCUUCCAUACGGAUUACCGACCACUGAUCCGUGAUGCAAAUAACUAUGUUCUGGAUGAACAAACUCAACAGGCUCCACAUCUUAUGCCUCCUCCAUUCCUGGUGGACGUUGAUGGAAAUCCUCAUCCCACAAGAUACCAGAGGCUAGUACCAGGGAGAGAAAAUUGCAAGGAUGAACAACUUAUCCCUCAACUGGGAUAUGUGGCUAAUGGUGAUGGCGAAGUAGUUGAACAAGUCAUUGGGCAGCAAACUAAUGACCAGGAUGAAAGUAUUCUUGAUGGAAUGAUUAGAGAGCUGCAGAGGGAACAAGAUCUAAGACUAAUUAAUGAGGGAGAAACUCUUCCAAACCCUCCACUCAACAGAUCCCACUCUGUUAAUGGAGCUCUUCGAAGUCCAAGUUUGGAUGUAACAUCUCCACCAAAUGUUGGUCUCCGGAGAAGCGGUCAGAUUGAAGGGGUCCGGCAAAUGCAUCACAACGCUCCCCGAAGUCAGAUGGCGACAGAGAGAGAUCUGAUGGCGUGGAGCAGAAGAGUUGUGGUCAACGAGCUCUCUCCAGGCAUCAGCAAGGUCCAGGAAGAAUGUCGAGCUGCCAAAGGUGAAAUAGAAAUUAGUCUGUACACUGUUGAAAAGAAGAGAAAGCCAUCCCACACCUUACAACGGACUGAUUAUCAACCAGGCAGUGGAAGGUCUUUGAGAAGAAACCAACGCAAACGCCAGCACGCCUACCAAACACGCUCCACGAUAGAACACAAUCAACAAGGAGCAAGUCAAAAUGCACGUGCACGGGAAGAGUCAGACAGCUCCUCUGAGGAGGAUGAGACAGCUGGCACAAGUGAUGCAUCCUUGGAUGAUCCUGUGGCAGUAUGGCAAAGUGAAAGCAGUUCCAGUGAUUCAUCAAGUGAAUAUUCUGACUGGACAGCAGAUGCUGGAAUUAAUCUCCAACCUCCAAAGAGACAAACCAGGCAGGCAGCUCGGAAAAUCUGUAGUAGUUCUGAAGACGAAAAUAUGAAGGGAACAAAAGGACUAGAGGAAAAAAGGAGGAAACUUAAACAGCCUAGAAAAAAGAAACCAAGUGGACUGCUUUCGAUGGAAGGUGAACCGAGUGAAGAAUGGCUUGCCCCGCAGUGGAUCUUGGAUACUAUACCGCGUCGCUCACCUUUUGUCCCACAGAUGGGAGAUGAGAUCAUAUACUUUAGGCAAGGCCAUGAAGCUUAUGUGCGGGCAGUAAGGAAAGCCAAAAUUUACAGUAUUAACAUGCAAAAACAACCAUGGAACAAAAUGGAACUCAGGGAACAAGAAUUUGUGAAGACUGUAGGAAUUAAAUAUGAAGUCGGGCCUCCUACGCUCUGCUGCUUGAAGCUUGCAUUCCUAGACCCAAUCACAGGCAAAAUGACAGGAGAAUCAUUUUCCAUAAAGUACCACGAUAUGCCAGAUGUUAUUGACUUCCUUGUGCUGCAUCAGUUUUAUAAUGAAGCCAAAGAAAGAAACUGGCAGAUAGGGGAUAGAUUUCGCAGUAUAAUAGAUGAUGCUUGGUGGUUUGGAACUGUGGAGAGUCAGCAGCCUUUCCAGACAGAAUAUCCUGAUAGUUCCUUCCAGUGCUACUGUGUCCACUGGGACAAUAAUGAAAGAGAGAGGAUGAGUCCGUGGGACAUGGAACCGAUUCCAGAAGGAACUGCUUAUCCGGAGGAGGUUGGUGCUGGAGUUCCUGUGACUCCAGAUGAACUGACAGCUCUUUUGUACAAACCCCAGGAAGGAGAAUGGGGGGCCCAUUCCAGAGAUGAAGAAUGUGAACGAGUAAUUCGGGGGAUUGAGCAGCUUCUUUCCCUUGAGAUUUCCAAUCCCUUUGCUGUUCCGGUGGACCUUAGUGCCUAUCCCAUGUAUUGCACUGUAGUUGCUUAUCCAACUGACCUCACCACAAUCAGGAGGAGACUUGAAAACAGAUUUUAUAGGAGAAUCUCAGCACUGAUGUGGGAGGUACGUUACAUUGAACAUAAUGCCAGGACUUUCAAUGAGCCAGACAGUCCUAUAGUCAAGGCAGCCAAAAUCGUAACAGAUGUCUUACUUCGCUUCAUUGGAGAUCAGAGUUGUACCGAUAUAUUGGAAAUAUAUAACAAGGUGAAAGCAGAAGACCUAAGCAGUACUGAUGAAGAAGAAGAGGUGGCAGAAGUAGAUGUAGAUUCAGAUGCUCCAGGAACCUCCUCUGGAAAAAGACGAGUAAGACGACCAAUAAAAAGACAGCCUGUGAAAGCAAGCCCUGACGCUUGGAAAGAGCAAUGCAAGCAGUUAUUAAACCUGAUUUAUGAAAGAGAGGACUCUGAGCCUUUUAGACAGCCAGUUGAUCUCUUUUCCUAUCCUGAUUAUCGAGACAUUGUAGACACUCCUAUGGACUUCAGCACUGUGAAAGAAACCUUGGAAGCAGGAAACUACACCAGUCCCUUGGAAUUCUACAAAGAUAUUCGUUUAAUAUUCUGCAACUCUAAAGCUUACACUCCUAAUAAAAAGUCUCGAAUUUACAGCAUGACACUUCGACUAUCUGCCUUAUUUGAAAAUCAUAUGAAAAACAUCAUCUCUGAAUACAAGUCAGCAAUGCAGUGUCGGAAGAGGAAAAGGCCACGAUACCGAAAACGACUAAGAAGUAGUAGCAGUUCACCAUCAACUAGCAGAGCAUCUAGCCCAAAAGGGAAACAGAAGCAAAUGAAGAUGCAGCCUAAAACCAACCAGAAUACCUCACUGCCUUUGACUAGGACUAGUUCUUCAGUUUCAUCUCAUGUUUCAGAUACAGCAGAGGAACCUUUGGGUUCAGCCACUGGUGAAGAGAUGGAAGGCCAGCCCUCUUCAUCGGGCUCAAAUACACAGAACCGAAGUGGAAAUACCAUUGAUCCAGGGAAAAACAGACCCAUCAGAAGUAAAUCAACACCAGUGAAACAAGAUGACUCUCCUGAUGGACCACUUACAAAUGGUGAUGGCAGAGAACUUCGGAUAGGAGUCAAGAGGAAGUUAGUAAGUGCAUCAGAGGAUGACGAGCACCUGGAGGAGGCAGAGGAAGAGGAAAAGAAGAGAGAAUUAAAAGAAAAACCUGGUUUAUCUUCAUCCGAAAGUGGGGAAUCAGGAUCAAGUUCAAGUUCUGACAGCAGAAGUGGCUCCGAUUCAGACUCUGAAUCGACAUCUAGAACAGAUCAGGAUUACAUUGAUGGAGACCAUGACUACAGCAAAGUUGUGCAAUCCAAAAAACCCAAAAGAAAAAUCAAAAGAAAAAUUGCCAGUGGGAAAAGAAACUGGCAGGGCAGAGGAACAGGGAGGAGAGGUAGAUGGGGGAGGUGGGGGAGAUGGAGUAGAGGGGGAAGAGGCGGUAGAGGUGGAAGAGGCUGUGGCAGAGGAAGAGGUGGUGGCAGGGGAGGAAGAAGAGGCCGAGGAGGUAGAGGAGCCUCACGAGGAGCCACCAGAGCCAAACGUGCCCGAAUUACGGAUGAUGAAUUUGAAAAUCUGUUUGGAGGACAAUUUGGUGAAAAUAUGUUUGGAGGGCGAUUCAGUAGGCCACCUCGAAUCAAAACAAGGAACGAGGGCAGGAGAACUGUCUUGUAUAAUGACGAUUCGGAUAAUGACAAUUUUGUGCACACCGAGGAUCCUUUGAACCUUGGUACUUCCAGGUCAGGCAGGGUGCGGAAAAUGACAGAAAAAGCCAGGGUGAGCCAUCUCAUGGGAUGGAAUUAUUGACAGAUGAAAAACUUUGGAACAAUUUUAAAAGAACUUCAAUGGCCUUCUACUGCAGGGAUUUUACCAGAAAAUCUACCAAGCAAGUUGUGCGGGGACUCCACUCACUUUUCACAGUGGUGCUUUUCCAUGAUGUCAGUAUGCAUUUGUUUUAAAACUUCAGAUCGCCACACUUCAUUGGUCAAAAUAAGCCUUAUUCAUUAGGCCUUAAAUUACAGAAAUUCUUCCCCACACACUACAAGCUCAUCACAUUAAAGAGGCUUCCAGCUUCUCAAUAAGAACAUGACAUUUUGAAUCAUGAUUAUGAAUUUCUUCCCUUGUUUUGUUUUUGUAUUAUAGAAAUAGCACCUUCUUACAGAGUUUUUAUGUGGUUUCUGCCAUAAAUCCUUAUACACAGUAAUAAUUAUAACUUUUGCACAAUACACCAAUCCUAAAGGCAGCUAUAAAAUGUUUACAGUUUCUAUAUUGUAAGAAGGAUCUGGAUUAUUUUAAUCUUCCCAGGCCAAACAUUCAUGAAUUGUGCUGAACUGAAGUAUGUCUAUACUACAGUUAUGGGGGUCCUGAUGUGCUUUCUAUCGGUUCUUUAUUCAUGUAAAAAGUGACAAAGGGUUGGUGCCUUGUAAAUAUGUAGCAAACCUUUGAUGUGGUGUGUCCUAUGUGUGCAUUAACUUUAUUAAAAAGAGAAUACUUGAGAAGUAUGAAUAUCUAGACAAAAGGUGCCAAAUGCAAAAGUUACUUGCAUCUAUUUUCUUUUUCUCCUCUCAUAUUUUUAUAGUAUUAAUAGAGAUUGUGCAGCUAAGGGGUGACUUCAACAUUUGAAAGGUUCCUCCUCUUCAAAGCAUAACAUGAUUCUUAAUAGUAGCUCAGCUACCUCUAUUUACAACUACUGGAAACUUAAAAGAAAAUAGAUGCUAUUAUUCAGUAUGUGUUGAAGAAGAGGCAAGAAGGAGCAUAGAGGGAUGGAAUUGCUUGCUAAGCUGUAAAGUAACUAUAUCUUCAUUAUAUUGACACAAUGAAAACAAAUCUAAGUAAUUAUCAGAGUUUUCAGAAGCAUAAUGCUUUCAGCAGGUGGUAAUUUGCUUGUGCAGAGAGGCCAACUGGCUCCCACACACUUCUGCUGCCACUUACUCAGUGCAAAUUUGUGGUUAUUUUAAUUUGCCCCUUGAAACUUAUGAGGAAGCCGAACUGAGCUCUGGUAUCUCUGGUGGCUGCUCUUGGCUUACAGCAGUACCAAUACGUUUCUCUUCUCCUCCUCCAGAAGGACUCUUGUAUCUCAAGCUUCCAGAAGAGAAUUCAUGUUGCACUGUACACUUAUCUUUUGUUAUACUGAAAAAUACUAACUUGAACUACUAACUUUGAUAGGAAGAGUACAGAACGUGUUGAUAUCUGGGAAAUCUGUAGUCUUGCUCCUCGAUGAAAGACAGGCCAUCUCCGUGAGCAGAAAUGUGUCUUCACGUGGGGUGAGCUGCAGAUUAGCAGCCUCUUUACUCAGUAGGGUCUGGUUGGAAUUUAUAUGGGACUUAAAUUUUCUCCCUUUAUCUAAAUGUAUCUGACAUUUCUAUUUUGGUGAAAAGAGUGAAUUAGGUUACACAGAGAGAACAAAUGAAAAAAGAGAAUUUUUUGAUGGAGUUUUUGAAGAUUUUUUUUUUUUAAACCCUUCAUCCAAUAUCCUUAAGUUUGUUCUUCUGUGCACAGCUUGGUCAAUAAUUCUGGAAAACCUCAGGCAGGAAAGAGUGACCCAUGUAUAUUCUCAGAUGCAGAGGGAAUUUAAUUUUUGACUUUCUGUAUUAAGCACUAGCUAUUUUAUCUCGCUUUCCAAAAAUUCUAGUUAGAUGCAAAAUGACUUGAAAAAAUGCAGAGGUUUAGUUUUGUGAUGGAGGAGAGUAUAUCCUAAAUUGUUAAGAGCAUUAAUAUAAGUUUAUGGUACAGUACAAAAGUCAUACUUUUUUCCUUUAAUAAUGAUUGUUUUGAAUUAGCCAUAGUCCAUUUCUGGGCUUAAUUCAGUUUUGUUCUUGAUGGGAAAAAAAAAUCAGAGGCUCUCCUAGUUCUGUAUUGGGCUUCAAAAUAUAAAUACCUGUCUUAUCAUCUCUCAUAUAUAUAAAUAUAUAUAUAUUUAUAAGAAAUUUAUUAUUUCUUUGAAUGAUUGGUCCUCCUACAUAGGGUAACCAGGAAAAGCCUGUAUGCGUAGUCGGAAUCAUCCCCUCCUAGGUGAGUUCUGCCCAGCCGAUGUAAACACUAUGUUUCUGUUCUAAAGCCUGAAAAUCUUGAAAUGCAGAAGAAAUGCUUUCAGGUAUUUCUGACUGGCCGACGAUCCACUUACUAAUUUAUUUUGUGUAGGGUUUGGGGAGAGAUAAAACACGUGGGUUCCAGAGAAAUCAUUUUAUAAGUUUGUGUAUUUUAGCAACUAUUAGAAUAAGAUGAAAUAUGUUCUUAAAUGUAUCUUUUCUAUGUAAUGAAGUACUGUGAAGAUAACAGUGAAGCAUCACUUUGCUGUGGCGUAAGUAUUAAUCAAAUGCGUUACAUGAUUGAAGAGCUAGACAGCAGGGCGUGCUAGAACAACAGAGCUAUUGCUUAUUGUAAAAAAAGUCUGCUUUUUUGUGCAUGAGAACCUUUUUAUAAGCAUGAAAGAAAUAACUUGUUUUUAGAGAUGUUAUUUUUACUUGGUUUUGUAUCUGGCUUCUUUCUCUGAGUUAGGCUUUUGAUUUCUCAUAGCCUCCUUCUGUGGAUUAUUUGUAAUUUUGCAGUAACUUGGACACUGUCUCUCAAAUCCCAUAUUCUACUAGGAGCCACAGAAAGCUUAGUAUCAACCCAAAAGGUGCAGCAGAAGCAGUGAAAUGAUUUAAACCUUGCGCCAGCAGGAUCACAGGACGGUCUCAGCCCCCAUCCAAAGCCCAGGCGGCACCUUGCGAAGUCGCCGAGGCCCUCGUUGCCUGGGCUUGAUCUCCGCGCUUCUAACAAAACCCCAAACGACCCGGCCGGCAGUGGGCUCGUCGCCUGGGGAGAGGAUUUGAAGGUCUGGGAACGCAGCAGAGCUGAGGUCAGCAAGGAGGUGUCCGGGCAGGCCAGGGCUCCUCUGCUGAGGCAGAGCUACUUCUCGAGCAUCACCGCAUCACACUGUCUUCUAGACACCAAGUGUUGCCUAGUCCCUCUCCCGAGCGCCAGAGGACUUGAGGGCAUUCAGAGACAUCGCGAAAUCUGGGCUCGCACCCCGCGUGGUUUUACCCAUGGCAGAUCCAGCCCUGCGUGCUUGGUUCUCCGUAGAGACGAGGCUGGAAGUCUUGCGUGCAUCCCUGUUUCCAGAUUUGUCCUGGUUGCGAGUCUGCUCUCUCUUCCUGGACCAGGGCACGAACGAUCAAGCUGAUCUUUCAGUACUGAUGUGCUGUUGCGUCAGUUCAGCCCAAACUUGGCCUGCUUUUAAGUUUCUCUUUUCCUUUGCUCUCUUCCACCUCUUUUCUUUAGCUUCCCUGUAUUUCUUCUUCCCCUGUCCCGAUCUUUCCUCCAUGCUGCUUUUGCACAACAUGAUUCUCUUCCAAUUAAUCAUCAGGGAAUAGCUGUUUGGUUAUUUAUGAUACUGUCUUGGAAAUUUAUGGUAUUUUGAUGAAUAUUGUUUUAGCAAGACUAUUGGAGUGUAAGAUUUGAUUCUUUCUCUGCGUUUUAUUUGGCUAGAAAAGUAACUUUCCCCUGGUUUUGCCUGUUUUGUUUUAUCUGCCUUGCUUUGCUUGUUAGCAGCACUCCAGACUUGCUGGGACGCCCUGGAUCGGCGCGGGGAGUCGGGUGGCUCGCGUCUCCGCCGUCUCCGGUGCCGCGGGCGGGCAGCGCGGGCUGCCCCGGCUUUGGCGGUCGCACCGGCUGCACGGCAGCCGCACUCGUUUUGUGUCCUCUGAGUUACUACUUUUUUCCUCUUGCUACAUGCAUUUCAGUUAAUGUGCAACUCGUAAAAGUCAUGUUUUCUGCCUCCCGGGCUAUUUCCAUUCGAAGUAACCCAUGAAACUUUUAUGUCGGUGCUUGAGCUGGAAUCGGGUACGUGCAGUUUAUCGCUCCUUUACGUCUUUUUUUAAGCGCUGUCCUAGUUGUCGAGCGUGUGCUCAGCCGUCCCAUGACGUGUCCAUCUUCUCUCCUGCUGCCACUUCUUCCACGGGGUCAUCUGCAGCCCAAGCUGUGCCCUCCCCAAAGCUGUUCCCCUGCUGCUGCGUCGGUCCUGCAGGUCGCUGCGAUAACGCAGCGGGGCUUUGCGGUCGUUGGCGAUGCCGGUGCCGAGCGUUGCGGGGGGGAGCGGUCCUUCGCGCUAGAUGCGUUUGUGUCUCAUCCGCAGUUAGGUCUAAAUUCUGCAGUUUCUAAAUGCCUUUCAUUAAGGGCAGAUGGAGGGUUUGAAAGGAGCAGGGGUCCGGCACGCUUUCUUGACGGAGCCUUGACAACUGGCAGGGUUGCUCUUGCGGGGAGUAGCAGUUCAAUGCAUAAGAGUAAGCAGAGGUCGACCCCUCAACCCCACCCUGGCGAUAAACGACCCCAAAAUCAUCAUUGGGAAAUAAUCUGUGGAUGAUCGUUGGUUGCUUAAAAUUUUGUAUCCUGUUGUGUAUUUUAGUUUUCCCUUAAAAAUUUGUUUAGCGUGUAGCUUAGCUGCUUCUACUGCCCAAACGUAUGAAGACCAAGUAGUUCACAAAGCACUGAAAAGCAUUGGCCUCGUGUUGUGUAGUGGACAGAGUUUCCAUGUAAUUUAAAAAAUAUGGCAAGAGCAGCUAAAAUGUGUCGCUUUGGACAGUGUUUUGAGGAGCUACUGACCAUGAAAAGCAAGGUGAACCUAGGCAGACUUUAACAUCCUGCUCCGAGGUGUCUGGAGGAUGCUUCUGACAUCCGCGCAGAGUCGCACACCCUUCAAAUGAGAAAACGAGUCUCCAUAGCCGCGGUCCGAUGAGAGCUCGAGAUUAAUGUUUCAUCCUGAAUCGGGGUGCUCAACGACAGGGAAAAACUCAAUAGCAGUAGGUGUAAGGAUGUCUCGUCCACCCUGACGUCAAGUCUCCUGCUAUCGUUGGUCUGUAUCAUGAAUUUAACAUUUAAAAAACGUAUUUGUGUGUUUACAUUUCUUGAUUUUGGGGUUUUUCUUUGUUUGUUUUAAUUGUCACGCAAAGUUUUAUAAAAUGCUAGUUAUUUACAUGAUAGACUGAAGAGGCAGUUAACAAUCCGAGGAUAAAUCUCUAUUUAGUGUUGUAGGGAGCUGUCAUUGUGUUCUUACAAGUAUGUAUUAUAGAAAAUUACUGCGCAUGUGCGAUAGAUAAUUUUCAAAUAUUAGUAUAUCAGAAGUUUACACAUUAAAAAAAAACUCCUUUAUGUACAGUAAGUAACAGCCUGCAAAAUUUAGUCUAAAAGUUGUCUUUUUUAGUAAUAGAAAUGCAAAGACCUGUUGGAAGCUUGUACAUUUUUAAUGUCAUGUUUCAGCCCACAGCAAACUUACACAACUGUGCUAUGAAUCCCUGAAAAAUUAGAUUUCCAGUGGAAUCGCUGUCACCGCCUUAACUCUAGUAUUAUAAAAAAUGGUGCUUAAAUACAUUUAUGUGCAUGGAUGUGGGUACCUGAUAAGAGUCUGUGAGAAUUUAAAGUAAAACCAAGCGGUUUGGUGCUGCAUUUGCAAACGAGCUCAAUACUUCUGUUGAAUAAGUACGGUCACAUUUGCAAAUUUAGAGAUGCGUAAAUGGUUGCAAAAUAUUUAAACUUGUGGACGAUGCAGAGCAGUUUUUCCGGUUUUGCUUUGGUUUUGGUUUUCAACGGGCUGGCCCUGCCUGUCGCCCCGAUUUCCGUGCGGGAAGCGGUGGGGCUCGCGGGGGCCUGGGGACGGGGGGCUCCGCACCGCUUUACGGGCAAACUGCUACUUCUUUUACAGGCAAACUACUAUUAUUACCACUCAAGCAGAUUCCGAAAUCAGCGGCUGAUUAUUAUUUUUCACUAGAAAUUAUAUAUAUAGGCUAUUCAUUCUUUACGUAAGAGUCAUCACAGCAGAUUUAAUUUAGAAAUGCCAGUGCUUGCGGGUGAUCUGGGAGCAAGGAGCUUACGAGAUCCAGGCUCUACAGUGCAUGUCCUGGAUGAUUUAAAAUACACAAACCCAAUUAGAAUUAUGUCUACUUUCCAUAUGGAUUUUUUUUUCCAGGUGAUAUUUAUGCCCAUAUCUUCACAUCCGCUAUCUCAGGUCCCUCUAAAUGAAUACUUCAGGGAUUUUUGAUGCCACCUGUUGGCAGACCAAAUGUAAUAUUUAUAUGCAAUGAGCUGUUAGUUUUUGUAUUGUACAAAUGUAAAUUUGUAAAGAUUUUUUUCUAGAGUUUUUUUGAAGUCACUUAUGUAAUUUAGGAUGUUUCAUUUUCCAGCUGUGGGAUUGUCUUAAUAAAAAAGAAAAAAAGAUAAA